AUAACAAAACCCCGUCCCCCCCAGGCAGGAGGAACGUUGGAACGCUGCCCCGCUCUUCCUUUUGCGUUGCGCCCGCAAAGGGUUAAGCGGCCGGCGGUGCCUCUCGCUCUUUGCUAGACGGCGGAGUUUCGAGGAAGGCGCUACGCGUUCGAGGCAGGCGACGCGGCGUGUGGCGGCGGCGGCGUUUGCUGCUGCUGCUGCCGUGGCAACUGUUCUCGCUUAGAAGCCUUUCCGGCUCGUUUGGGAAGACGUUCAACCGCGUUUUGCUUUAGGCCCCGGACCUCAACCCUCUCUGGAGAAAUCUGUUGUUGUGAGUGAAGAAGAAGGAGCCGAAGAUUUCAAAGCGUACCGGCUGGACUUGCGUCGCCGGGCGCUGCGAUUGGACGCCCGGGUGAGCCAGCAUCUCCGGGGAAUCGUCUUCUCACGCUCUCCCGGAGUGGUGGUUGAUUAUGAGGACGAGCUUGGCUCUUGCCAACUAUGGAACCAAGCCAGACCUUGGCGGCGAUCCUUAAACCAGUACAAUGCCGGGACUGAGAUGCUUCGCUCUCCACCUUCCUGACCCAGUGGGGUUUGGGUGACAUCCAGCUGCAGACCAGCCGCGCGACCACAGAUUUCUCAAACCCAGCUUAAAGCUGAAAUGAAUGCCUUUUAGACGGAAGGAACCUGAGUGCACUUUCACUGCAAAUACCAGAGUGAAAGGAAAAGCUAAUCCAACCAUCCUGCCUGCUGUCAACGUUUGGAACUUCACAUUGAGGAUUGGCCUUCUGUAUAGAACAUAGUUACUCUGCCAUUUAGCAUACAUGGAGGAAGGCAUCAAAAUGUGUAAACCUGGCUAACAACACAGUGAUUUUUCAGAAGCAGACUGGAGAAUAGUCCAGUUGUACAAGGAUUAUUUUGCAUUUAGUUUCUGGGAAUAUAACAAUCAUCUGCACAGAGGACAAAACACAUCUAUUUUGUUUUAUUUCUUCUUUUUGCUCAAUUGUCCCUUCUUUCUUCAGUUAGAAAUGGGCCCGUGGACUAGAAUGUGGCCCAUGGACAGGUUUGCUUUCUUGAAAUCCUGGCUUGUUUUUUUUCUGGGAUUGUAUGUGCAGUUUUCCAAAGCGUUGGCCUGUCCAAGUGUAUGCCGUUGCGACCGAAACUUUGUCUACUGUAAUGAACGAAGCUUGACCUCAGUGCCUCUUGGAAUACCGGAGGGUGUAACCAUACUCUACCUCCACAAUAACCAAAUUAAUAAUGCUGGAUUUCCUGCAGAACUUCACAAUGUCCAGUCUGUGCACACAGUCUACCUGUAUGGCAACCAGCUAGAUGAGUUCCCUAUGAAUCUCCCCAAGAAUGUCAGGGUUCUCCACCUGCAAGAAAACAACAUCCAGACAAUUUCUCGGGCUGCUCUGGCACAACUCUUGAAACUGGAAGAGCUUCAUCUGGAUGAUAAUUCUAUCUCUACUGUUGGAGUGGAGGAUGGGGCAUUCCGGGAAGCUGUUAGCCUCAAGCUUCUGUUCUUAUCCAAGAAUCACUUAAGCAGUGUACCAGUUGGCCUUCCAAUGGACUUACAAGAACUACGAGUGGAUGAAAAUAGAAUUGCCAUCAUAUCAGACAUGGCCUUUCAGAAUCUCACAAGUUUGGAACGUCUCAUAGUGGAUGGUAAUCUCCUUACAAAUAAAGGCAUUGCAGAUGGCACCUUCAGCCACUUACCCAAACUUAAGGAAUUCUCUAUAAUAAGGAAUUCAUUGACAUACCCACCUCUCGAUCUUCCAGGUACAAAUCUACUUAGGCUUUAUUUACAGGACAACCAGAUAUCACACAUACCACUUUCAGCCUUUUCAAAUCUCCAUCAAUUGGAACGACUUGAUAUUUCCAACAAUCAACUCCGGAUGCUGUCUAAAGGUGUUUUUGACAAUCUUCACAGCCUGAAACAACUAACCGCAAGGAAUAAUCCCUGGCUAUGUGAUUGUAGUAUUAAAUGGGUUACUGAAUGGCUCAAAUUAAUUCCUUCUUCCAUCAAUGUCCGAGGAUUCAUGUGUCAAGGACCAGAACAAGUCCGAGGUAUGGCUGUCAGGGAACUCAACAUGAACAUGUUGUCAUGCCCCACAACUACCCCAGAUGUCUCAUUUGUUACCCAUAUUCCCACAACAUCUUUGCCAACCACAAUGGCCCCUACUUCAUCACACUUUACCCCAAGUAAUAAACAGACAAUCAUUCUUCUUGCCCCUGUUAUAACCACGUUCCCCACUGUGCCUGAGACAAAUGAUGAAGAAAAAAUGACCCUUCCCACUGUUGAACGAUUUCAGCUGUUUAUUCACAUUGUAAAUGGCACUUGCAUCCAAGUGAGCUGGCAUUCUCUCUUUAAUGUGAUGGCCUAUAAGCUUACUUGGGUUAAAAUGGGUCACAGUCUGGAAGGAGGCAUUAUUCAGGAACGGAUAGUUACUGAUAAGAGGCAGAACGUCAGCUUGACAAAUUUGGAGCCCAAAUCUACGUAUCGGAUUUGUUUGGUUCCCUUGGAUGAUUUUAAUAAUUAUCGCAUUGGUGAGGACACUGUGUGCUCAGAAGGCACAACAAAAGCUUCCCUGUUGAAUAACGGAAGCAACUCAGCUAGCCACGAACAGACAACUUCUCAUAACCUUGGUUCUCCAUUUCUGUUAGCAGGCUUAAUUGGGGGGGCUGUUGUAUUUGUGCUGGUGGUUCUGCUUAGUAUCUUCUGCUGGCACAUGCACAAAAAAGGACGCUACACCUCUCAGAAGUGGAAAUACAACCGUGGCCGACGGAAAGAUGACUACUGUGAGGCAGGAACCAAGAAGGACAACUCCAUCCUGGAGAUGACAGAAACCAGCUUUCAGAUUGUCUCCUUAAAUAAUGAUCAGCUCCUUAAAGGAGAUUUCAGAUUGCAGCCUAUAUAUACCCCAAAUGGGGGCAUUAACUAUACAGACUGCCACAUCCCCAACAAUAUGCGAUAUUGCAACAGCAGUGUCUCAGACCUGGAACACUGUCAUACGUGAUAGUGAAAUGUGUGGUGAGGCAAUAUUACCACAAGCAAAAACCCAGAGGGAGCAAGCAAAAUUAAUCUACUCACACAAAAAUCAACAAAAAUUACAUUUGAUAAAUGUUAUGCAAAUGCAUUUGCGCAUUUGAAUACUCUGUAAUUUAUAUGGUGUACUAUAUAAUGGGAUUUAAAAAAAGUGCUAUCUUUUCUAUUUCAAGUUAAUUGCAAACAGUUUUGUAACUUUUUGCUUUUUAAAUCUUUAAAAUAUAUAUAAAUAUAUAUAUAAAUAUAUAUAUAUAUUGAAGAAGUACUGUACAGGGUUGUACAAUAAGAACCCAAUGCCAUGGCAAAGGAAAUACAAAACAAAAUGCCUCAUUCUUCAAACAUUCAAUACUUUGAUUUUGGAGCUGUUUGGGGGAUUUUGGCUCGUAUAUCCAUUAGUUUAAGAUAAGUUUGUAUUACAAGAGGAAACUUUAGGAAUGCCUAAGCAGUGUUACAUGAGAGGAAAACAAUUUAACUUCAUUGGUAAUUAAAAGAAAUGGAAUAGCAUUUGUAAAAAUUAGAUUGGCCACCUUGCCUGCCUCUGUCUCUUUAGCUUCCUUUAGUCAGAGACUAAAACUAGGAACUCUCUGGAUAUCAGGCUUAACCAACCUGUAUCCUUCAUUUUAUUAUUGCUUUUUUUCCCCAAAAGUUUAUCACUUUGUUCAUUUCUUCUCAGAAAAGCUGGUAUGGAAUCCAUCAAGGCAUUUGUUAUUAAAUUCUCACCAAAUUUGGAAUGUUUUCUGACCAGCCUUAUUAAAAAAAAAAAAAAAAUUAAACUGCAUCUAGACUUUGUUUUCUCCAGAAAAGCAUUUUUGAAUUCCCAGUGAAAUCACAUUAGGUCAUAAUUUCAAAAAUUCUAUUAGCAGUCCAUACAGAUCUUUGGCAGAAUACAAUCAAUACUUUCAUUCUACAGGUAGUCCUCAACUUAUGACUACAAUUGAGUCCAAAUGUUCUGUUAAUUGAGUCAGUUAAGUGAAUUUUGCUCCCUCUUGCCACC